CAUAUUCUGAGUCGAAAAGAAGAAUUAAACAUCUGUCACUUAAGAUCGUAUUUCCGACCUGUCUUUUCUAGUGCAGGACACAGAGGAGGUUACACACAAUCGUGUAGUUGUGGAAGCAUUAAUAUAAAGAAAUGGCUUUCGUUAAAGUUGUUAAGAACAAGCAAUACUUCAAACGGUACCAAGUUAAGUUCAAGAGGCGUAGGCAAGGAAAAACUGAUUACUAUGCUCGUAAACGUCUCAUCGUUCAGGAUAAGAACAAGUACAAUACUCCCAAGUACCGUUUGAUUGUACGAUUUUCGAAUCGUAAUAUCACCUGUCAGAUUGGUUAUUCUCGUAUUGAAGGAGAUAAAAUUCUCUGUGCUGCUUACUCUCAUGAAUUGCCGAGAUAUGGGAUCAAAACUGGUCUGACCAAUUAUGCUGCAGCUUAUGCAACUGGUUUGUUACUAGCCCGACGUCUGUUGAAAAAGUUGGGUCUUGACAAUCUAUAUGCUGGUAAUACUGAAAUUAAUGGUGAUGAAUACAAUGUUGAGAAUGUUGAUAGUGGACCAGGAGCAUUUAGGUGUUAUUUGGAUACUGGUUUAAACCGUACAAGCACAGGAGCCCGUGUUUUUGGAGCCAUGAAAGGAGCUGUAGAUGGUGGCUUGAACAUUCCUCACUCUACAAAACGUUUCCCAGGUUUUGACAGUGAAUCAAAAAGCUUCAAUGCUGAAGUUCACCGUAACCAUAUUUUUGGUAUCCAUGUUGCUGAUUACAUGAAGUCUUUGGAAGAAGAGGAUCCAGAGGCUUUCAAGAGACAAUUUAGCCAAUACAUUAAAUUGGGAAUCAAUGCUGAUCAAUUGGAAACUAUUUACAAAAAUGCACACGCCGCUAUUCGUGCUAAUCCAGAAAUGGAAAAGAAGGCAGACAAACCUGCUCCUACGACAACCAAGAGAUGGAACCGCAGGAAGCUUACCUUGGCCGAACGCAAAGACCGUGUUGCACAAAAGAAAAAAUCUUUCUUGGCCAAGCUCCAACAACAAGAAGCUUAAAAUUAUUCUUUUGUAUUUUAUCAUGGAUAUUGUAUUGAAUAAAUACACACACAAG